AUGGCUCGUGUUCCACCAAAUCAGCCGAGCAAACAUCGCACUAAGCCUUCGAGGCCGACUUCUUCCAGCAAGAAAUCUGGGAAAAGUCCUGGUCGAUUUUAUUCGAAUUCCGCGAAGCAUUCAACGCCGCCGGCGCCAGAAAGCCCGCCAGAAAGCCAUGAUGAUACAGAGCAGCACGAAUCGACAUCGUCGUGUUCCCCGUCUUUGUCCAUUCUAAGCAGAUCACAAAGCAGUUCCUCUACAAGUAGACCACAAAGCAAUAAUCCCUCUCCAAGCAGUGCCCGAAACAAUUAUUCCUCUCCAAGCAGUUCCUCUCCGAACAGUGCACAAGACAAUUCCUCGCCGACUUCUAUCUCCCCGCUGGUUCCAAGGGUUCCAGGAAACGAUCGAAGCAGUGCUAAUCGCCUUCUUGAACCCCUAAAUCUGGCGUCUGCGCUAGUUGAGGUACCUAGCUCUCGUGAAGAAGAUCUUAUGACCAAGCUUGAAGCUUUAUUUGAAAGCCAGAAAGAACUGUUUGAAAAACACGCGCAGCGGGUGACAGAGCAGCAGCAGAAAGGGCGGGAAAAUCCUCCAAAAAACAAGCGUCUAACUAAGGAGCUAUCGGUAAGUUUCAAGUCUAAAUACCACCAGCAUAUAUGUCUGUGUUUUCUGUCUCAGUUUUUGGGUAUCUAUUUUUAUUUUUAUGCAUUCAGCAAACCAUGUUAUCUACUUGUUAAUGGUUGCAAUUUUUUGUAUGAACCCUGCUAGACACUAAAACUAUCUUUAUGUAAAGGAUAAGAAAAAGCAAAUCAUUCAACGCAAAAAUUUGCUUAAUGAUAUUCAGUGUAAGAUAAACAAAACAAAUGUCAUUUGGUCAAAAGUUGUGCAAAAAGAUAUGGCCCUUUCUAGUCAAGAGAGAGCAAGUUAAAGUAAAAUGUUUCCAAAUACAACCUAUAGAUAGAGGUUUCUCCUUGCAAAGCAUAGGGUUAGACAAAAAAUAGUGAGAAAAUAUAAAUAUUCACUUCCCUGUACGGUUUUCUUUUAUUUCAGGCCAAUGUGAGAGAGGUCUAUUCAAGCUUGACUGGGGCAGAUGGAAAAGAGCUCACGUGGGAUUUUUCUCAGAGGUUAAUUUUUUUAGUAAAUGCCUUUUUACCUCAGUUAAAACUAAAAUGUCUGGUACACUAACAUCUAGAUUGUUGUGGUUCUACAGGUUUAUUUUACCAUUUGUUUGUUUGCAGUUUUCUUCAGUGAUGGUUACUAUAGUCGCGAGGUCUAAAUUUGGGAUUUUGUUUUGUGAGCUUUUGCUUAACUUUGCAGGCCAUCAUUUUUUUACACCAAUAUAAUUCGGUGAUGUGAACUUUGCAAGUCGAUAAUUCAGCGGGGUUUCUGUCUUCAUAAAUUUUACUGUCAAAACUCUUUGGUUCAGUGAUAUUGUGAGAUCUUAAUUUUGAUUCAUUUUGCGAGUGACGGCAUUUGCCAGAUCUUGAAGCACAAGUGUCAUUCUGAGUGACCAUCAUAUUAUUGUUCCACUUUUAAAUGACAAGUGAUUCUUCUUUCAUAAAUUUCACUAUCCAGACUCUUAUGGUUUAUACAUAUGGUACAGUGAUAUUGUGAGAUCUUAAUUUUGAUUCAUUUUGCGAGUGACGGCACUUGCCAGAUCUUGAAGCACAAGUGUCAUUCUGAGUGACCACUGUAUUAUUGUUCCACAUUUUAAGUGACAAUUCCAAACCUCAUUAUUUAUACUUGUUGUACUGCUCAAUGAUGUUGCAGGGUCUUUUUUAGUUCUUUUUGAGAGUAAAGGCUUUUGGUAUAUCAUGCCAAGUAACCACAAUUAAAUGUCUGUUCUUCUAAGCAACAUGUGGGUUGUCUUUUAAUUAAAUUUUCUCAGGUUCUGACUGGUUUCACAGUUUACGUGUAAUUUGGUCAGGGCUGUGCCUUAUUAAAGCCUGGUGACCUGUGGCACCCUGCUCUUAAACUGUAAAUGACAAGAUAAAUUUAUUUCACUUUUAUUUACAGAGACAAUUAGAGCGGUCACCAAGAGCGUUACAUGUAAAAACAUGCGAUAUCAUUGUAGUAUAAAAUGACAAUUAUUAAGUUAGCCAUUAUUCAACUCAGACAAUUUCUUUUAUCUUAUUUUUUUAGCUUCUCUGAUCCCAUUAACAAAACUGUUAAUGCUGCUAUUGUGGAUGGUGUUCGUAGCACUGACAGCACAACCCAUAUUCACACUAUAAAGGGUACGUAAUCGAGAAAUUAAUUUAUCUACUUAACAGUACUUAAACUUGACUUAAUUCCUCUUCUUACUGAGUGUUAACAGUUUCACAUCAUGCCACAUUUUUCAAGUGUUUUUGCUGUGCAUCCAUUCUUGCAGUGUGGUGUUGUCAUACAGUGUUCCUGUUUGUUUGUUUAGACCAACAGUUUUAGCUGACUUACAGUUAUUGUCCCCCAUUAACUAACAAAACAGUAUUUUCAGUAAGAUGUCUGGGCAUGGUAAAGGCGUUUCCUUUUCUUCCUCUCUCCAUCAUACUUUUUUGCUUACCCUCACUCAUAUCCUGUGCUUGAUGUGCUUCUUGGCUAAUAUGUAUACAGAUAUGACGAUAUGACUUUAAUGCCAAAACAAGCCAAUGUGAAAGAGUUUUGAGGCUCAAAAUAAAUGCAACAUAGUGUUGAUCGUGUGAGUUAAUUUUUUUAACUAAUUAUUUAUAAACAUUAAGUUAUUAUGUAUUGUCUUUUAUCCCUUUAGCUGCAAUGCGUGUUCAUUUUCGCACCAAAAAACGGCAGCAAAAGAUCAUCGACAGCAACAAGAAGGCACAUGUUAUGAAGGGACAACGAAAGAGAAGCAGAAAAAACAUGGCAAGUAUAUUUUGUUAAAAGGCAAAUAAAUUACUAUGCUCUUUUCUAUAAUCUCUUGUGGAACAAGAAAGGAAUAGUGUGCUUCAUACUUUAACAAAUGCAGAAUCGACUGAGAGGCAUUUCUGGUUUCUAUAUACUUCAUAAAAAAGCUAGUAGGAAUAAUAUACAGGAAGAAUGCUUUUAGCAUUGCAUCAUUGUUCUGUAACUCAGUCAUGUUUAUGCUCAGUAUGAGUAGUACAUGUAUUUUUAUUAACUUUGGGUUACUUGUUGGCUACUGGCUAAGUCUUGCUCUUCAUUUUUCUUUCAGAAAAAAAAUAAAAGGGCCAAAGCUCUGAAGGACUCUACCAGUAUCAGCCAGUCAGACAAGGACAAGUACAGUACAUGUAUGUCUGUUGAGUAUAUGUCCUCAGAGGAGUCCUUGUCUGAACCCGAAUCAGUAAGACAUGGCCGCGAGUCUUCAGGUUCAGAUGAGGACGCCCCAAACAGGAAGAGACUCUGUGUGAGACCACUUCUUUGGCGAAGCACAGAGGUGAAUGGUUUAAUGGCUCGGUUGGACCGAAAAGUAACGCGACGCCAAAGCCAACGGAGCGCUAAUAUGGUAAUAGAACGUACGGUGGGGCCAGCAUCAAACCGAGAAGCACCAGAUGAUGCUCCCGAGUUUGCUCUGGCACCCACCACUUAG